AUGUCUUUGCACGAGCUCUGGGAAGCAGCUGCCAGCAGCCCCUUCGAACCUUCGAUCGCCAAAGACAGCCAGAUCUAUAUUGGCUUCCCUCUUCUGCUUACUGGCUUGGUGCUCGCUGGACUUUUUGGUCUCAACCGGUCACUUACAGCCGUGCCGCUCUACGCCAUUCCUGCCUCUCUGUGCUUCGGAUUUGGUGCGGUUUACACCAUCUGUGGUGCUGGAGUAUACGUCUGA